UGCGAAGAGGCCGCGUCAACUCUGUGUUAUAUUUAUUAAGUUUCAAAAAAGUACGUUGAAAGUAACACUACCAUAAAAAUUAGACAAUAAUGUGAUAUAAAAACUUUUGUGCGACAUUGAAGUGUGAAGUGUUUAUUAGAGAGGUACCCAAGGACGCAAAAAAAUAACAAUGGAAGACGUUUAUACGAUCAAAGUGAAAACUAAACCAGAUUUAAGGAAUCUUUACCCUUCAGAAAGGCGGUAUUCUGCGUCCACAGUGUCAGGAUUAGCCUGGGUGCACAUAGCGUUGGCAGCUACGUCAUUCCUAUUGGCCUGCCUCGCUUUAGUGAAUCCUGUUUCGGAUCAAAACAAAGCUAAAACUUUAGACGAGUUGAACAGUACAGAGACUGUUAAUGCAACCAAUUCAGUUGACGAUAACGGAUAUAAUGACUACAUUUUAGUGCUCGCGCCCGGUUUGAUAACAGUUUUCGGAUUAUUCGCUGGUUUUACAGCCAUUUUAGCAUCAGUGAGGUGGUACAUCGAUAGAAAUAUAACGUGGUUGUUUAUAACAUCGGUACUGUCGACCGUUAUAUCAUUCUCAGCGUUUGUUAUGAUCAUAACGUGGUUUAUAACGACAACUCAGGGAGACAUAACAGAGUUUUACAAAGACCAAGUGCCCUUCAAAGAUUUCGUUGUUAUUAAACACUCUAAUGUUAUUGAAAAGAACAGUUCUCACAUGGUCGUGGCGUUAAAUUCGACUGACAACGAGGAAGAUUCCUCGCAUUUGUUUACAAAACACGUUUUGUCUAUAAAUAUUUUGAUCGCUGCAUUCCUGGAAUUGUUGUGGUCCAUAUUGAGUAUGAAAAUUUCUUACAAAGGCAUGAGAAGUUACUAUAAAGACGAUAAUAAUACAAGACGAGGUAAUUGUGUAUCAGUUGUGACUACCAUCAAAGGGAAUGAUCCAAAAAACAUGCCGAGAAAUCCCAAAAUCAAUACGAAGCCGGAUUUGAUCGAGCAUUAUCCGAACAAAAAGAUAAAAAGGAUAUUCUUAGCGCAGGACGACAAUGGUUUCUACUUAAAAGACCAGAACAAUAAGAAGCAGGAUACUGACACCAGUUCCGAGUUCUACAAAGAGAGGAUGAUGAACUUCUUGAAUAGGUGCGCGUCUUUGGAGCUAUCUAACACUGAAGUUAGGACUCCCAGCGUUCAGUCUGAAUCUGUUCUUAAUCCUAUACCUGAGAUAAUUAUAGAAAGACCGGACAAUGAAGCAGAUGUCACCCCUAUAAGUUGGGGAGAUACACCAGACCAUACGAUUUACAAUCAGAACAAUAUUAAUUUCGACAAAAUCUUCAAAUUUCCUAAACACGAAAAACGUGAAGAUUCCAAUGGAAAUCGAGAGUGAAAUGAUUUCAUUUUAUGCUCAGUGACUGUGAAUAAAUGUGCACGCAGGGAAUUUAACCCCUGACGCGAAUGAGUGAUACAAUAUUAUAUGUCUCAAGCCUAUAUUGUUUAUAGGUACCUAAUUUAAGCUUUCGAAUAUUAGACUGAUAAAAAAAAAAUUAAAUAUAAAAAAUCAGGUAAUAAUAACCAUAUUUUAACGUAACUAAAGUCAGAUAAAAUAAAAUUUUAGCAGACGCUUACAAAUCACAAAUUUCGCAAAGUGAUCUGAAUAAUAAAGAGGCGUGAGUUUAUGUAUGUAUGUAUGUAUGAUCUGAAUAAAUAGCACAAUAAAAUUAAUUAACAGUAUUCCUAUUAAUUGUUAAAAUUAUAUCAGUUUACUAAAUAUAUAUUAAAAAUAUGAAAUGUGAAAAAAAAACAAAUUAAAAUGAUCUGAAAUUGAAAAACGAAAAUGCGAUCUAAUUUAUUGCCAUUUUGUGUAUAAAAUCAAUAUAUAUAUAUUUUUACUGUAUAAACUUAGACAAGUCUUAAUACACUUUUUUCAACAAUUUAUGAAGAUUUUUUAUAGAAAUUUUAUUUCGACGUCCGAUUGGCGUCACAUUCUAAAUAGGCUCUUAAUUCUUGGAUAUUCCUUUCUUUUUAAUGCUAAAAUAUAGACAUUUGAAAUUGACCAAUCAGAUUCUAAGUUGAGUUCAGUGACUUUGGUACAUUCAAAGAAAAAAAAACACAGAUUUAAAAACUUAUUUAUUUACUUACUAGUUUUUACACCACUUCGCUCCCUCUCUCGAAAGUUUCGUCUGUUUCUGUGCCAAAUAUCACGCAAAUCGGUCUAGUAGUUUUUGUCUAAAAAUACAUGUAUGCCUAUAUUUAAACACAAAUGUUUUCUCCAAAAUUAUAAUCCUACUAUUAAUCCCAAUAAUGAAAAAAAAUGAUAAGAAUGUGUUUGUCAGUUCCUCUUUCACGCGUAAAGUACUGAACAGAUUUUCAUGAAACUUUCUAGUUAGGUAUAUAUAUAUAUAUAUAUAUAUAUAUAUGCAAGACAUUGGAAUAACAUAAUUAGUUAAAAUUUUUACAUAUUUAAGGGGAACGAAGUCGCAGGCUAGUAUAAGUAUAUGUAGAUUGUAAUAGUGCACAGAAAAUCGUACAAAAAAAAAACAAAUAUAUACUUACAUACAUAUGUACAUACAAUCACGUUUAUGUCCCUUGAGGGUUAGACAGAGCUACAAUCAGCUGUAUGCACGCUGUGUUAGGCUUAUGUUAGGCGGAUUUAGGCGGGUUCUUCUUUUUGGCGAUGGAUUAGCAAUUGCAAUCUGUCACUAUUUAAAUCUCAAUUACUUACAUCAUUAAAGCAUAGCUUGUCAGUAUGGAAGCGUGAUGUGCUUAUUCACUUAGUCGCCUUUUACGACAUCCAUAGUACAACCUUCGUAGGAAGUACUUUCGUAAGAACUUUCGUAGAAACUGUAAUUGAAUAUUAAGACCUAUAUUGUAACCAUAUUCAAGGAAUAAAUGAUUAUGAUUACUUAUUAUCACACACUAUGAUUUUUCCUUUUUUUUUUAUAUAAUUCCAGUUAUAGUUUUAAAAUUGUUCAAUGCCUAUAGAAAGUGUAAUGUCUUAAACUGAUUUGCCUUCGUUCACUCGACCUUUUUGUGAAUUUAUUGUGCGGCCGUGUGCCAAUAAAUUGUUUCAAUAGUUGCGAAAAAUCAGUUGGUUACGUGUCAAUUACUUUGUUUAAAACACUGAGUAUAAUAACUUGGUGGAGAAUGCAAAGACUGAUGUUCUACGUUGUAUACGUGUCUUGUAAUCUAAUGUCUACGUAUAUAAUACUAGCUGUGCCCGCGACUUCGUCGGUUGAAAGCUGAAGAGUUUGUUUGUUUGUUUAACGCGAAUGAAUGAUUGAAAUAGACCAUUUAUCGAGGAAAGCUUUAGGCUAUAUAACAUCACGCUGUAACUAUAAGGAGCAAAGAAAUAAUGGAAUAUGUGAAAAAAAACGGCGAAAAUGAUUCAUCCUUGAUAGCUUCAAUGAUGCCCAAAAUAACUAUUCCACGCGGACGAAGUCGCGGGCACAGCUAGUGUAUUAUAAAAUUAAGAAGGACAUAGGGUAUGUACUCAAUACAUCAAUUUGACGAAAAGGUAUCUUUUAUUUCUGAUAAAUGCUGUGUUUCCGUGGGAUUUAUGAUAAAAUACCACGUACUCACGCGAGCAGAGUGACGGGUAAUACUUUUACACGUUUUUAUUUUACGGAGCAAACAAAGUCAACAGUCUAAAGAGAGGCUAAGUAAACCCGCCUUCAGGUGAAUGAGGGAAUCCUGUAAUAUAUAUUUUUUAUACGUGACUUCUCCAUCAAGUUAUUAUUCUCAGUGUUUUAAACAUAGACAAUAAGAACAGUCUUGUAUGUAAAUAAUAAAACUCAUGAGAAAUCUUAAGAGUAUAUUACAUUAUACAUUUUAUUGUGAAGUAGGUUAUUUAAUUUAUUUAAGUACAUAGACUUGUUUACUUAAUGAAAUACCUAUGUGAAAUGAAAUUAACUUAUGUGUUUUUAUUUCUUGUUACAAUGUUCUUUCCAGUACUCCUCCGAAACGGCUUGACCGAUUCUCAUG